ACUUCUUCACUUUCACUCCCACAAGGAAGCACCAAUCACAGUACAGCAGGGAGUGGGGAGAUUACUGCGGUUUACUUAGGGUUAGUUUUGGCAUCCCUCUUUACAGAACACUCACAGAAGUAAAGGCUCCAGAAGGAAACGUAUUUUGUCUGUGAAGUAGGAAUUUUAGGACACCUUUUUAAAGCCAUGGGGAUAUUAGAUUUCUUUCUCCAGUCCUCCAGCUCUAUCUCCCUGUUGGGGGCUCUGGUGUUCCUGCUACUCUUCUACCUUGUCUUCUCCUCCAGCUUCAGCUCCAAGGAGGACAGGAAGGAACCUCCAGGACCAAGACCGCUUCCAGUACUCGGGAACCUGCUGCAACUUGACCUCAAGAGACCCUACCACACAUUAGUGAAGCUUUCCAAGAAAUAUGGAUCAGUGUUCACUGUCUAUUUGGGACCAAAGAAAGUGGUGGUCCUGGCAGGAUACAAGACGGUGAAGGGGGCACUUGUCAAUCAUGCUGAAGAGUUCGGAGAAAGAGAUCCAGUGCAAAUUAUGCAUGAAUAUGAAAAAGGACAUGGUAUUACAUGGUCCAAUGGUGAUUCGUGGAAAGAGAUGAGGCGCUUUGCUUUGACUAACCUGAGAGACUUUGGGAUGGGCAAGAAGGCGAGUGAGGACAAAAUCAUUGAGGAAUGUGAACACCUCAUUGGAGUGCUUAAGAAAUUCAAAGGUGAAGCUUUUGAUACGACCCUACCGAUAAAAUAUGCAGUCUGUAAUAUUAUCUGCUCCAUUAUUUAUGGCAGCAGAUUUGAAUAUGAUGAUCCAGAGUUUACAUCCCUGGUAGAUUCCAUUAGUGCACGUCUUCAACUUUUGGGCUCCCCUUCAAUACAGGUAUACAACAUGUUCCCAUGGUUCUGCAAAUGGACUGCUAACCGGAGGUCCUUCCUCAGAUUGGGUGCUGCCAGUAUAAGACAGAAUUUACAACUGUUAAAUCGUUUGAAAGAGACCCUCAAUCCACAGAUGUGCAGAGGGUUUGUGGACGCCUUUCUGGUCCAAAAGCAAAAGUUGGAGAAAUCUGGGAUUACCAACAGUCAUUUCCACGAUGAAAACCUUAUUAUAACAGUUCAGAAUCUAUUUUCUGCUGGCACUGACACAACUGCAACCACACUGAGAUGGGGACUUCUGUUCAUGGCCAAGUAUCCAAAAAUACAGGACCAGGUCCAGGAAGAGGUGAGCAGGGAGAUAGGAAGUCGUCAAGUGCAGGUCGAGGACAGGAAGAACCUGCACUUCAUCAACGCUGUCAUCCAUGAGACACAGAGACUGGCCAGCAUCACCCCAAUGGCACUUCCUCACAGAACUACCCAAGAUGUCACCUUUCAGGGUUACGUCAUUAAGAAGGGGACCGCAGUAACUCCUCUUCUGACAUCUGUCCUGUAUGAUGAGAGUGAGUGGGAGAGGCCACACAGCUUUUAUCCUGCUCACUUCCUGGACAAAGACGGGAAGUUUGUCAAGCGAGAAGCCUUCAUGCCUUUUUCUGCAGGUCAUAGAGCAUGUCCUGGAGAGAGUCUGGCCAGGAUGGAGCUCUUCAUCUUCUUCACCACACUCCUGCAGCACUUUUGCUUCACUCCUCCCCCUGGAGUUUCAGAGGAUGAGCUGGAUCUGACUCCACAAUUGCGCUUCGCCCUCGACCCCUUAACUCACAAAUUGUGUGCUGCCCCUAUACAUUGAGGAAGAGGAGGGCUUGAGAAUUUAAAAAGUAGUUUAAAAGUAAUGAAAAUGUUCAACACCAGUGAUGUAAUUAAUAAAUUGUUUGUUGAAUGUUUGCUUUAGAAGUGCUCAUGUCCCAACAUUGGACUUUCUUCAUUAGCUGCUUACUAUGUAUGCCAGCAGAACACAAGCAUCUUACAACUAUUACAAAAAAGGCUGUGUUGUAACUUGACUUAACAUUUUGAUGUACACAAUAAACAAUGAAUGAAUAAAUGAA